AAUUUACAGAUUUUUUUAUGUGGAAUUAUUUGCCUGGGAAUUUUUCAGAAUGGAUAUACAGCGGAACAUCCAGUUAUAACGCCAAAUUUGCUCUCAUCUUUAUCAGCGAACGUGGGCGCCAUUUUAUCCCCAAACCUUCUGAAAGAGAUCCAAAACCGCGCAUCAAACCGCACCGGCAACAAAGAAAGCCAUGACUCUUUCUACAACGACCCGACAGCCUUGCCCGCAACGCCCACUAAGCCCAAGCCAACCAGAUUAACCUCCAAAAAACCAAAAGUAGCCGUGGUCCCAAAUUCCCACCUGAUAAAAGCUGAAGAAACGGAUUCUCUCCGAGCGCCCCAAACUCAGUUAGAGAACCAAUUUCCCUUCGACGCCAGAAACAACUUCCGUGAUUUCGGUACCGGGUACCAGGGAGCUGGGCGCCAACUUUCCGGGCAGUUCAACAACCAAUUGGGCCAAUUUGGGCAGUUCAAUGGCGGAUUGGGGAACUUUGGAGAUCCCUUUAACUCGGACAUCUACCGACCUUUCGCUUCGCUCGACGGCUCUCGGGCAAAUGACAAUGGCGCCCAGCCCCAACAAUUCGCGGGUUCAGUAAACCAAAAUAACGGCGCUAACGCUAAUAGGCAGUUCAAUUACCCCGCGAACCCGCAGGACUUCAACAGGUUCCAAGAUUUCGGAAGGUUCGGGUUCAAUGGACAGUUUCCGGGGAAUCGUUUCUUCGAUCCCUCCCAGAGACAGAACCAAUAUUUGAACUUCCCGCAAGACCCCAGAGCCUUGGGGCAAAACCAGCAGAAUUUCCAGGACCCGAGGGCCAAUUUCCAGAACCCUGAUCAGGCUAGACUCGCACAAGGGUUAGGACAAGGUCAAGGACAAGGACAGGGCAUCGGGCCGGUAAAUGGAGCCUUCCAGCAGCAGAAUUUCGCGAAUCCCCAGAAUUACGCGCCAAAUUUCAACCUCUUGCAGAAUCAAAGAUUCCAGCAGCCUUUUAAUGGAAACUUUGAAAGAAACGAACAAGAAGGAUUGAACCCAAACUUCCCCUUCUUCCAGGGCCGUCCAGAUGGCGCUCAAGCCCAGCAAAUUCCCGGGAACAACAACGGGCAGAAUAUCAACGGGCAAAUUAACCCUCAGAUUAAUUCUUCCCGAAGAUCUGAAGAAUCUUCCCAAAAUUCGCAGAGAAAAUCUCCCACACAAAAAACAACCACCACAAUUCCAGAAGUAGAGAGUUUACAAAUUGAAAAAUUGUUCUACCCUCCAGUUAAUGACUAUUCAGAUGUUCGUAUCAAUUCUGACGCGUUCAAGCAACACUCUGUGGGCGCCAAUAUUGUUGAUAAAAACCCAAAAACUAAUAUUGUAUAA